GCAAGCCUUUGUUAACACUUAAAACUUUGUAUUUAAAGAAGGUUCAUCGAUUUGUUAGUUAAAUGUGGACUUUGGAACGACAUUUUAACAGAUAAAGAUACAACUGUGUAAUGAAGUGGGACGGUCUUUUUUGUCAUUGGCAACAGAAGUCGGGUAAACCUUUACACAUAACUUAGCAAUAAUUGGAGGUGAUAGUUUUACAUUAGACAGGAAUAAAUUAAGUAAAUCUUGAGAACUGUGAUUAAGUGUUGCUGUAAAUAAUAAUGUUUUAAAAUGACUCUGAAACAAAAUUAAGACAGCUUUAUUGAUGAAUAGAUCAGUUCAGAUAACAUAUUUGAAUAACAUUUCUACAAAAUGGCUACUGGUAAACAAAUAGAUACGGAUAUUCUUUCCGAUGAAAUAUUUGAUGUGUUAUGUUCAAUAUGUAAAAAUAAAGGGAAAACUACUGAAGGUGAAAAAUUCUGUGUAGACUGUAAGGAUUAUUUCUGUAUAACCUGUGUUCAAAUACAUGGUCAAGUGCCUCUGUGUGCUGGUCACAAGGUACUGGAUAAAUCUCAAGGUAAGUCAGGAACCAGCAACGUUCUGCCGAGGGCACCAACAGAGAGAUGUGACAGACACAGUCAUAAACACAUUGAUAUGUACUGUCAGAACCAUGAUAAUGUUGGCUGUUCUACAUGUAUGGCAGUUGAUCAUAGAUUAUGCAAGGACACUUUCUACAUACCAGAAUUUAUCCAAAACAAUACUUACCAAGUUGAAACUAGAGAGAUUCAAACAAGACUCAAGGAAAUAGCCAAGACCUUUGCAAAGCAAGAUGAUAUAUUUAAACAAGAUAAACAAAGGCUGCUACAGAGGAAAGCAGAAAUACUGGCUGAUAUCAGAAAAUUCCGACAAGAAAUCAAUGGCCAACUUGACAAGCUGGAGAAAGUUCUAUAGAUGAGAUAGAAGAGAAAGU